UGUUCCGUCACUUCCUCCACAGCUGCACUACUUCCUGGAGAUGAGAUAGCAGUCCGUGAAGUAGCUGCAGUUGAUAUUGUUGUUGAAUAUUGCUUAAGUGGCAUACUGUAUAGCUUGAAAAUAUGUUUUCCUUCAACAUGUUUGACCACCCGAUGCCUCGGGCCUUCCAGAAUCGCUUCUCCACACAGUACCGUUGUUAUUCUGUGUCCAUGCUGGCGGGGCCUAAUGACAGAUCAGACGUGGAGAAGGGAGGAAAAAUCAUAAUGCCUCCUUCAGCGCUGGACCAGUUGAGCAGGCUAAACAUCACAUACCCCAUGCUGUUCAAGCUGACUAAUAAGAACUCAGACAGGAUGACACACUGUGGAGUUCUAGAGUUUGUGGCCGACGAGGGGAUUUGCUACCUGCCACAUUGGAUGAUGCAGAACUUGCUGCUAGAAGAAGGUGGAUUGGUACAGGUGGAAAGUGUGAACCUGAUGGUGGCCACUUACUCAAAGUUCCAGCCUCAGAGCCCUGACUUCCUGGACAUCACCAACCCUAAAGCAGUGUUAGAAAAUGCUCUGAGAAACUUUGCCUGUUUGACAACCGGUGAUGUCAUUGCUAUAAACUACAAUGAAAAGAUCUAUGAGCUCCGAGUUAUGGAAACCAAACCUGACAAAGCUGUGUCAAUCAUAGAGUGCGACAUGAACGUGGACUUUGAUGCUCCAUUGGGAUACAAAGAGCCAGAGAGACACCCACAGCACCACGAGGAACCUGUGGAGGAAGACACAGACCCAAGCAACUAUGAGAUGGACCUAGGUUUCAGGGCCUUCACCGGAUCAGGCAACCGUUUGGAUGGGAAGUUGAAAGGCAUAGAACCCAGCCCUGCCCCCAUUGACCCCAGUGACAUGAAACGCGGGAUUCCCAACUACGAAUACAAAAUCGGUCGCCUCACCUUCAUGAGGAACUACCGGCCACAGGCACGCAGAAUUGAUGAGGACGAUCCAGCAAAUAAUUUUAUUGCGUUCUCGGGAGAAGGCCAGUCUCUGCGCAAGAAAGGACGCAAGCCGUGAAGAACACACCAGACAAGUCUUUAGUAAUAAACAAACCAACAUUCAAAGCAGAUUUGGAUUCAUUUGCUUUUUCUCUUUUUUCCCACUCACCUUCCAAGACUGAUGGGUAUUUUUUUUCUCUCAGAUAUGAGUGAGUGAGUGAGUGAAGAAGCCUGUGUGUGAAUGCUUUUUUUGUGAGGAUGUGACUUCUUGAAUUUUUAUGUGGGAAUAAUUAAAGUGUGUGUGGACAUAAACUCCUUCAAACCAUUGGAGUUGGUCAUUGGUAGGACCAACAUAACACUUUUUUGGUUUAUUUAUAAUGUCAUUUAAAGAAUUUCAAUAAAUUGUUUCAUCCAGUAA